AUGCGGCCUUUUGUUGCCGCGGCUGCGGCGCUCUUGGCAAGCGUUGUAGAUGCUUCGAAUCUCCAACCACCCGUCCUUCCGUUGAUUGUCAGGAAUCCAUAUCUGAGCACAUGGUUGCAAAGUGCACGAGAGGAGCCAUGGAAUAAAUGGCCCAUGUUUUGGACUGGAUCUGAGGUCGGAUUCAGUGUCCUGGCGUCUGUUCCAGACUCCAAGGAGGUAUACCCACUGCUUGGUAGACCUCAUGACUCUCUGGAGCACAAGGACAAAGAUUACACGGUCGCGUACCCUACAUACAACGGUGCUACAUAUGACGCGUCAACGACCAAUCUUACAUACUCAAUACGAGCGUCUGAUGCAAUCCGUUCAACAAAAGACCUCGAAAUCACCUUAUCCUUCCUCUCACCCAUUACACCGACCUCUACUCUGCGACAAACCAUACCAGCGGCUUAUCUAUCUAUACAUGUCCAAGGGUCUUUCGAUGUCAACAUAUACGUCGACGUGAAUGGACAAUGGGUCAGCGGCAAGAGGGAGAGUCUAAUAGAAUGGGGCUUGUUCCAGCACGUGGCGCCUGGCUUGAACGACAGAUUAAAGACAUGGCAAGUCAAGCGACAGGUUGAGCAGCUCUUCACAGAGACGAAUGAUCAGCCUGAGUGGGGUCAGCUGCAUUUCACCGGACCUGUCGAUGCGCGCCACGAAUCAGGCACGUCCGCGCUGUUGCGCCAGCGCUUCGCUCGAACUGGGACCCUGCAGAACGAGGUUGAUGGAAAUUUCCGUGGCGUCAUGGAUGAAGAACCUGUGUUUGCAUUUUCGAAAGCUUUCAAGCUUGCAAACUCGUCUACGGCUGCGUCAAGUUCCGGCAGCAACAGCGAUAGCAUCUUGUUUACUAUCGCUCACAUCCAGGACCCAGUAACGCAGUAUGCGUCUGCUCGAGGUCUCACGUUCAUGCGACCAUUAUGGAAAUCUUGGUUCCCCCAGGAUGACAAGCUCAUCCAGUUCCAUUACGGAGACUUCGCCAUGGCAAGCAGUCUUGCGAGCAAUUACUCUGAGCAGUUGCGCAUCGAUGCUUAUCAAUCUGGUUCGACAAACUAUGUCGACAUUGUUGCCUUGUCCGCACGACAAGUCAUGGGCGCCACUAGCUUCUCCGGAACCAAAGAGAAUCCUUUACUCUUCCUCAAGGAGAUUUCUUCCAACGGUAAUAGUCAGACCGUCGAUGUGAUCUUCCCUGCUUUCCCAUUCUUCCUCUACACACAGCCUAGGUGGUUGGCGUACCUCCUAGAGCCACUUCUUGAGCACCAGCUGAGCGGUCAGUACCCUAACAAGUAUUCUAUGCAUGACCUUGGCGCGCACUUCCCCAAUCUGACAGGGCAUGCUGAUGGACGUGAUGAGUAUAUGCCCGUCGAAGAAUGCGGAGAUAUGCUCAUCAUGGGUCUGGCACUUGUGAACUCCCUUAGUUAUAACUCCGAUGCGGAAGCUCAGUCUAUCUGGUCGGCUAUCGGUAAUGGUGCAGACCAUGACGUUGAUACCGGCAACGUGUUCUCUUUGAGCAGUAUCGGCUUACAUAAUGGAGUUGAGUACAUUGACGAGACGUGGGGUGGAAGUGCCAAGGGUAUCGAUCAAGCAAAGAGGUGGUUAGAAGGCAGCUACGAUCUGUGGAAGCAGUGGACUGGAUAUCUUGUUGAAGACGCUCUUGAGCCUCACAACCAGCUCUGCACUGAUGAUUUUGCUGGUUGGCUACCACUUCAAACUAAUCUUGCCUUGAAAGGCAUUGUUGGUAUCAAGGCCUUCAGUGAAAUUGCUGACCUCAUGGACCGACCCGGUGAUGCAAAGCAUUAUCGAAACAUCUCAGAGACAUAUAUUAAGAAGUGGCAGGAGUAUGGAAUGUCGCGCGAUGGCACUCAUGCUAAGCUUGCUUACGACUGGUACGGCAGCUGGACGACUUUAUACUCGCUCUACGCCGAUGCCGUACUCUGUUUCCACCCUACAAUCACGAACACAUCCAAAUCAGAACAGUCGGAGUACGCAUCUGGCAAUGAUAAAACUCAGCGGCCCUUGUCACCUUCAAAACAUUCUUCUGGGCGUACACCCAUAAUUGAUGACUUCAUCCCGGAUGAAAUCUACAACCUCCAAAGCGAUUGGUACUCUACAGUCAUGCAAAAGUACGGGCUUCCUCUCGAUUCCCGCCACCUAUACACAAAGUCCGACUGGGAGUUUGAAGCCGCUGCCGUCGCAAAUAAGACGGUUCGCUCGGAGAUCCUUGAUCGCGUAGCGCUUUGGUUGAAUGAGACAGUCACUGACCGUCCUUUCACGGAUCUGUAUGUCACUGAAGGUGAUGGCGGCUUUCCUGGACCGUGGUUCUUCGCGAGACCUGUCGUUGGCGGUCACUUUGCGUUCUUGACCUUGGAGAGGGCUUGCGGCGGUAGUGGUGGAAAGUAA